AUGGGAGCACCGACGACACUUACCGUUAUUGGUAUCAUAUUUUUGUUGUUUGGCGUUUUUGUCGGAUGGUUCGCUUUCCCGAAGAUGUUAAACAACAAAAUAUUGGAGAGUAAAUCAUUAAAUCCGAGAUCAACUAUGCGUCAGAUGUGGUCACAUCCCCCAAUAUCCGCAGAUUUUAAAAUUUAUUUGUUCAACGUAACUAAUCCUGUAGAAGCGGAUAAGGGUGAAAAAAUCAUAGUUAAAGAAGUCGGGCCUUAUGUUUAUCACGAAUGGAAAGAAAAAGAAAAUUUAAUCGACGAUAUAGACGCAGACACUGUUGAGUUUAGUUUCAAAAACACUUUUGUGUUUGACGAAAUGUCGACGCUACCAUUAACCGGAGAUGAAAUUAUAAUUAUGCCUCAUUUGGCUAUGAUAGGAAUGGUAACAAUGACUAAGAUGAUGAAACCAGCUGCCCUGGGUUUGGUAAAUAAAGCAAUUCCUUACUUGUAUCCAGAUCAAACCAAUGCAUUUAUGAUGGGAACCGCUAAUGACAUCAUGUGGAAUGGAUUGGAUAUAAAUUGCACGUCCGAGGAGUUUGCAUCCGUUGCUAUUUGUUCACAGAUAAGACAAAAUUCAGAGAGCUUACACAAAAUCAGCAAGGAUCAUUUCAAAUUUUCAUUAUUCGGAGUGAAAAAUGGAACCGUCGAGAAGAAUCGUUACACAGUGAAACGCGGCUACACUUCGCCAGCGACGGAAGUAGGUCAGGUGAUCCGAUUCAACGACAAACACAAAAUGGAUGUGUGGCCCGGCGACGAGUGCAACAAGAUAUACGGGACGGACACCACGAUAUUUCAACCGUUCAUCACGAAGGACACCAACCUGGCCAGCUUCAGCGGUGAUGUUUGCCGAUCAUUGACUCCAGAUUAUGUACAAGAAACAAAAUAUAAUGGAUUAAAUGUAUUUGAAUAUUCAGCCAUGUUAGUAAAACCGGAAGAAAAAUGUUACUGUUUGAAUCAAAAAAAAUGUUUGAAACCUGGAGCAUUAGAUUUGACAAACUGUUCAGGUGCUCCUAUAAUUGCAACUCUUCCUCAUUUUUAUAAAUCCGAAGAUUAUUUGAACAAUGUGGAUGGACUGAGCCCCGAUGUUGAAAAACAUAGGAUUCAAAUGUAUUUUGAACCAAUGACUGGUACUCCAUUAUUGGGUUACAAGCGUUUGCAGUUCAAUAUUUUUUUGAAGAGAGAAACAAAAAUAAACGUUAUGAAAAAGCUUAACGAAGAUGAGAAACUAAUACCAUUGUUUUGGGUUGAAGAGGGAGUUGCUUUGAACAAGACGUGGACUAAUCAAAUAAAAAAUAAAUUAUUCUUGCCAAUUACUAUCAUGAAAUACGUUAAAUACAUAUUUGUAGUUUUUGGUAUUGUGUUCAUCAUAUUGGCAGUGGUCGUCAACUACAAUAGUGUUAAAACAAUGGAAAUCACGCCAAAAUAUUAG